UCUGCCUUGCUUUUAAUGGGUAUCACAAAUGUUGUCAGUAUUUCCACUCCACCUGAAACUUCCCUCCCCUUCAGCAGCCUCCCAAAUUACAGCAGUGGAAGGAAGCUGGGACUCUAAGCCUUGCAGUAGGUUAGUAUUUUCCCCAGCUAAGACGAUUGGAAAGAUUCCUCCUGCAGGCUUGGAUAAUGGAGGCAAGCAGUCAAUCCAGCAGUCAACAGAUUCUGUGGAAAGAUGUUGAGGUGGGAAAAGAGAAGAAGGCCAAGUACCACACCUACCAGCGAGUGCCUCUGGUUCUGGCUCUGGUCUUUCUCGUUUUGGCUCUCUGUCUUUUCAGCCUGAGGUAUCUGUGGAGCCCAAGUCUGGGGAAGGUGUACGACCACCAGUACAAAGCUGUGUUGGAUGGCGUAGAGAGAGACGCUAUGAUGGAGAUCGACCCAGGACAGCGCAUGGAGAUCUUCAGAAUGGGGAACGGCAGCGAGGAGGUGCUUGAGGUGCACGACUUCAAAAAUGGAAUCACUGGGAUCCGGUUUGCCAAACAUCAGAGGUGCUACAUCAGGACCCAAACUAAGAAACUACCCACAGUGGCAGAGGUGGAGGCUGAGGACACAGAGUUACUGGUGGAGGCCGAGGCCAUGGAUAUGGAUAUGACGGUAGAGGAGUCCCAAGUAUGGGUUCCUGCCGAGGAGCCCAUCGUUGACCCAGCCUUUCUCUUCAAAUCUAAGAUCUGGGAGAUUUGCCAGGAGCUGCCCAUCCACUGGAUUCAUCCCUCUCCUCUGAGCGAUGCUGAGGUUGGAAAUGUGGAUGAACUCGACGCAGACGCCCCAGGUCAGCGUGUCACCCGCGACGUCCUGGACCACCCUGCCGUAAACGACUAUAGAGACAUUGGAAUUGAGCUGGAUAACCGUCUGGAUGACAACGGCUACUGCUGCCAGUACUGUCGCCGUGGUUACCGCUACUGCCGCCGCUACCAUGAGCCCUUGGGUGGCUUCAACCCGUGGCCAUACUACUACCAAGGAGGCCGGGUCAUCUGUCAGGUUGUCAUGCCGUGCAACUGGUGGAUCGCCCGCAUGCUGGGGAGGAUCUGAAGAGGGCGUGUGCUGUCUGAGAUUUAAACUGUA